UCUCGCCUGAGGUGGCGGGAGUCAGAAGAUUUGGGAGCCGCGGCCUGAGAGAGAAGUCAAGGGUCAGUGCAAGAACCGGGGAGGAGAUGGUGAAGCAGACUAUCCAAAUUUUCGCCAGGGUGAAGCCCACUGUCCGGAAGCAGCAACAAGGGAUUUAUUCCAUAGAUGAAGAUGAAAAAUUAACACCUAGCUUGGAGAUCAUCUUACCUCGUGAUUUGGCAGAUGGAUUUGUGAAUAAUAAGCGAGAAAGCUACAGAUUUAAAUUUCAAAGGAUUUUUGAUCAGAGUGAAAAGCAAGAGACCAUUUUUGAAAACAUUGCCAAACCAGUUGCUGAGAGUGUACUGGCAGGUUACAAUGGUACCAUCUUUGCAUAUGGACAAACAGGCAGCGGUAAGACAUUCACCAUCACAGGUGGGGCAGAGCGCUACAGUGACAGAGGCAUUAUCCCAAGGACACUGUCAUACAUUUUUGAGCAAUUACAAAAGGACAGCAGCAAAAUAUAUACAACGCACAUUUCCUAUUUGGAAAUCUACAAUGAAUGUGGUUAUGAUCUAUUGGAUCCAAGACAUGAAGCCUCCAGUUUGGAAGAUUUGCCGAAAGUGACAGUAUUGGAGGACCCUGAUCAGAAUAUCCACCUGAAAAACUUGUCUCUUCAUCAGGCAACCACAGAGGAAGAAGCUCUGAAUCUGCUUUUCUUAGGAGACACCAACAGAAUGAUUGCAGAGACUCCUAUGAACCAAGCUUCAACCCGUUCCCACUGCAUAUUCACCAUUCACUUAUCAAGCAAGGAACCAGGAUCUGCAACUGUGCGACAGGCCAAGCUGCAUUUGGUUGACCUGGCUGGUUCAGAGCGAGUUGCGAAGACUGGAGUCGGGGGCCAGCUUCUGACAGAGGCCAAGUAUAUCAACUUGUCACUACAUUACUUAGAACAGGUCAUCAUUGCCCUCUCAGAAAAGCACCGCUCACACAUUCCAUAUCGGAACUCCAUGAUGACCAGUGUCCUGAGAGACAGCCUGGGAGGGAACUGCAUGACGACCAUGAUUGCCACCCUCUCUUUAGAGAAAAGGAAUAUCGACGAAUCUAUAUCUACCUGUAGAUUUGCACAACGAGUGGCACUCAUAAAGAAUGAAGCUAUUCUUAAUGAAGAAAUCGAUCCCAGAUUGAUGAUUAUACGCCUACAAAAGGAAAUCCAGGAACUGAAGGAUGAACUGGCCAUUGUCACUGGGGAGCAGAGGACAGAGGCACUCACAGAAGCAGAGCUCCUUCAGCUGGAAAAGCGAAUAACAUCCUUUUUGGAAGACCAGCAUCCAGAGAGUAAACUAGAGGUUGGCGCUGAUAUGCGUAAAAUUCAUCACUGUUUCCAUUAUUUAAAGAAACUAUUGAAUGACAAGAACAUCCAUGGAACAAGCAUAGCCUCCUCUGAAAUCAAAGAUCAAAACAGUCAAGAACCAUUAAAAGAGGAAGAAUAUAAAAAGCUACGAGAUAUUCUACAGCAGAGGGACAAUGAAAUCAAUAUUUUGGUAACUAUGUUAAAGAAGGAAAAGAAGAAAGCUCAGGAUGCUCUCCACUUCUCCAGCAUGGACAGAAGUGAACUGAGACGCUCCCAGAGCUCCCCCUUCCCACCUGGGAACCCGGAAGGUCCGAGGAUGUUGCCACCCUCAGCUCCCACUCAGGCCCCGGACUCCAGCACUUCUCAGUACAGAUCCAGUUUGCUCCACGGAAAAACAGGAAUGAGAGAGGAAAUGUCCUUAGGACGCCAGGAGGCUUUUGAAAUUUUCAAGAGGGACCAUGCUGACAGCGUCACCAUCGAAGACAACAAACAGAUUCUGAAGCAGAGAUUUUCCAAAGCAAAGGCCCUGGGAGAAAGUAUAAAUGAAGCAAGAACUAAAAUUGGUCGCCUGAAGGAAGAAAUCACCCAGCGGCACGUGCAGCAAGUAGCUCUAGGUAUCUCAGAAAACACACCCGUGCCCUCGACGCCAGACCUGCUGGAAGAGAAGCUGCGAUCACAACUGCAGGAAGAAAAGAGAAGGUAUAAAGCAAUGUUCACGCACCUGAAGGCGCUGAAGGUGGAGAUUGAGCAUUUGCAGCUACUCAUGGACAAAGCCAAGGUGAAGCUGCAGAAAGAGUUUGAAGCCUGGUGGGCAGAGGAGGCCACCAGCCUGCAGGUAAACUCCCCAGCAGUGAAUUCAUUGAAUCACAUGAAACCCUUUCCCCAGACGCCAGAAUCCCAGCACGAAAGGUCCCAGCUUCUCUCUAGCAAAAGUGACGUAUAUGCCAGGAAAAUCCUGCCCUCGCCUGGCUCCCUCCUGCACAGCCAGGAGCAGAGCAGCCCCAGCAGCCCCCUGGAGGACAGGAUCCCGGAGAGGCCAGUGUCGUCGGUCCCGCUCACGGGGGACAGCCAGACAGACUCCGACAUCCUGGCGUUCAUCAAGGCCAGACAGAGCAUCCUGCAGAGGACAGGUUUCCAAUAAGCGCCCACCAUGCACUGCGGCAGCAAGAACGGAGUACGGAUGAAGGCCCCGUCUUCAGCAGUGAUCUGUGGGCUGCUGGGGGCAACCGGUGACUUUGAUUCUGGUGGAGGGGCUACUUCUUUAAGGAUGAUAUCUUGGAGGCUGCCAGUGAGGCUGGGGCCAGGCUUACGGUGCCAUCCUUGCUGUGGCUGCUGGAGCUGCUGGCAGUCAGGCAAUGCCAGGGUGCUGGGGCGGGAUGAGGGCUUUAGCUCACUCUUGUGGUGGUGUUUCACGCAGACGAUCAGAAACUUUGAGAUUAUGAAAUAGUACCAUCCUAGUGUAGUGGCAGGGGAAGCUCACACUGGUAGAAUGAGGGGGAAACAAUAAUGGGUUAUUUUUAGCUACUUACCCACCCGCUCCCCUGCCCCAGCCCCUGGUUGAGAAGCCCAGGAAUGGCUGGGGCAGGCUACACAGCAGGUCAGAGCCAAAGACAAGGCAGUGGAAUCCAGGGCAUCUGGAUGGCCAGUCCUGACCUCCCAGGCCGGACCCUCCGCCAUGGCCUGGACGACCCGUAGGCAGUGCCGAAACCAGCUGUAUCUCCAGGGAGCCACCCCGCUGCCCCACUGCAAGGCCUAAGGACAUGGCAGCACCCAGAGAGCAGCGGAUGGCUCCAGGAGCUCUGCAGAGAGCUGAGAGGGGCAGUGUGGGUGCCCUGGGCCUCGCCUUCACCCCGCCUCUUAGGGCUCUGCAGGAUUUGGGCCGAUUCUCCCCGCUCCCACGGGGGGAGCGUCUGGUGGGGGGGUCUCGUCUCAGGAGCCCUCUCAGCAUUCCAGACACGGAGCCAGCGGCCCGGUGGGUGGGUCAUCCCAUGCCCACCCGGAGCCCCUAGGGGAACUGCCGCCUACCUCAGGGUCCUGGCAGCAAGGGUCCAAGCCAGCUGCAGCGGGGGAGGGGAGUGGAGGAGGGAGAGGGCUGGCACCUGGAGAUGAAGCCAACUGAAUAAAAGUUCUUGUCCACUGCUCCCAUUAUCUCUGUCCCCUAAGUGCAGGCCCUCGCCACCCCAGAGAGAGAGCAGAGAGAGAACACGGCAUAAUCGGCUUCCCCCACCCCUUUUCAGGUCUGGGUAAAAGGAUCAUACAGGAGAAGCUAGAUCAUGACAUUUCAUGUCAUGAAAUAUCAUUAGAAAACUCAUUUAUAUCAUUAGAUAUAUUUAUAUCAUUAGAAAACUAAUGCGAACAGGAGGACCUAGUUGUUGAUAUAUAGCCAGUUAGUGGCAAAUGUCCUCUCCUCGGGGGGCUUUCCCUGAUCACCCCAACUAGAGUGACCCCCUGGUCCUCACUCUGUUAUAUUUUCAUCAUUACUACCUGACAUCUUUCUUUAUUUGCUUUUUUUUUUUUUUCCUCUUGUGGUCGUGCUGCAUGGCUUGUGGGAUCUUAGUUCCCCAACCAGGGUUUGAACCUGGGUCCAUGGCAGCAAAAAUGAGGAGUCCUAACCACUGGACCGCCAGGGAAUUCCCUAUUUGCUUAUUUUUUAAUGGUCCGCAAACCCCACCACCACCGCCAAGACUAAAAGCUCCAUGACAACAGGGACCUGUCUGUCCUGCUCAUCACUGUGUCCCCUGCACGAGCGGGUACUCAAUUCAUGAGUAUCAGAGUCAGAACCAGCUCUCCUGCUUCUCAGGCCCCCACGACCUCCCUCGGGCUCUGUGACUGAGGCCCACUGGGCAUUGUGGCCCUCACAGUUCUCUGGCACGUGAUAAGUCCUCAGGAAAGUCCAUAGAACCGGGGGAGGCCAAACAGCCCUUACAGCCUGAUUCGAAAAACCUCCGCAGAAGUCCACAGGGCACACACAUAAAUACACGCACACUCUUUCUCUCUCAAGAGCCCUGAGGAUGGUGUGGAGUGGGCCAGAGUCCGUCAGAAACAGCCUCAGUGUACCUGGCACACCUUAGUGCCCCGGCCCUCUGGAACUGCUUACAGUGUGUGGACCGUAGCUCCCCCGCCAAGAAGUUAUCUCCUGGAUCCAAAGGCCUUAUUGACAGGGACAUGUGGUGCGGCCCCACGCAGGGUGCAGAUCCACCUCCUAGAACAAUCACUAAGGCAGGAGAGGAAAUGAAGAAGAGAGGAACACAGAUAGCUCCCAAAGUCCCUCCCAAGGGAAGCUGGCCUCUGACGUGGACACCUGCUCCACCACGGUGCAUCUGCCCCAAAGCUCUUUGGCCCCUGCAAAUGGGAGAAAUGGAUGAAAUGUUCUGAAUAGAAUCUCCAGCAAUGCACCCAGGCUCAGUGGAGCCAUGAAGAGGUCCAGAGUAUCUGAGUUCACUCCAGGCCGAAAUGUAGAGCUUUCCAAAAGUCUUCCAGAAAGCGGCCUGGCCAGUGACCCAGCCCAGUUCCUACUAGAACUGAACUGGCUCUGCCAUUCCCUUGGCAGGAAGUGUCAGGAAGAGGGAGGUGUGGAAUGUGACUUUCUCGGACCUUGAAAAGAGGGAGUUUUAGAAAGCAGAUAGAGAAACUGUGGUAGAUUAAUACCUAGCCUUAAUUCUUCACCCCCUGUAAUAAUAGAAUAAUAAUAUACAUCCAAAGCUUUGCCAUGGCCUCAUGGGAGCAAAGUACACUUCCCUACCCCUUAAAUUUGGGCUUGGCCCUGUGACUCGCUUUGGUCAGUGGGUUAUUGGCAGAUAUGAUACAAGCAGAGGCAUGAAAUGUGCUUGCAUGGUUGGGCCUGCCUCUUGCACGCCAGUGAUCUGCUUGGGAAGAUCAUGGUCUGGGCAGGUGCCGCCCCCUGAGCCUACAUCCCAGAACAUGCAGUGAGCAGACCUGAGCCCAGCCUGCGGCGCUGGAGCCUGGAGCAGAGUUUCCCCAUCAAGCCCAGCCCAGGUCAGCUGCGCCCUGGCUGACCCAAAGACCCAUUCUCCUGAAAAUAAAUGGCUGGUUGUCAUUAGACACUGAGACUUGGGGUGGUUAGUUAUGAAGCAUUAAUUGUAAGAACAGCUACAGAAAUUGAAACCCAGAGACAGUCCCUGCCUAGACCCGGAAUUUCUCAGAGUUCAUUCCGUCCCUCCGUGCUGCCUAUCGAAAGGCACUUGAGAGCUCGCUGUACAUGAAAAAGUGGGACUGCCACUUAUGGCCAUGAUAGAGCAACAGGGACCUGAGUUGGCCUCCUUCUUUAAGCAAUUGAAGACCAGACAAAACUGUAAAACAAUGGUUUUCAGACAUGGGAGCAAAGGCAGUACAGGACAUUGAUCCCCAAGAGAAGAGAAACAGGUGAGGUGAGCCUUCCGAUCACCUGUGUGCAGGGCAAGCCGGCAGUGCAGGAGGUAACCUGCCCUGGAGCAAUCCUCAACUGACAGGGACAGGAGCUGGCGGAUAAACACCCCAGCCUCCUUCCGCCCUGGGGGACAACUCUGAAGUGAGCCCUCCAUGGUGUCCCCGAGAGCCCAGCAAGGUGGAGCCCCCCGAUGCCCACAGGAGUCACCUGCUCCGUCACACACGCUGCGUUGGCCGCCUUCCUCCCUGUCUCUCUUGCCCUCUUUCUUGGGAUCAUUCCCUGGGAUCACUUCCCACAUGAACUACUCACACCCACAUUCGGCCUCAGAGUCUGCUCCGAGGACAGUCCAGCUUAGGCAAGGACAUCUAUUUCAGAAUCAUGGGGUGGGGAGGGGGCUCUUGCAUCCAGCUCUCUGGGCUCCAACUUCAACCAGAGCCCCGCUCUCCACUGCGCUACACACUGGGGCUCAGGGAAAGACUUCUCAUGAGAAAGGGAUCCUGCUGCUCCAAUAAACACUGGAAAUUUCUGAACAAGGUCAAUAACCGGUAUGUUUGUUUGAUUGUAUGUUGGUCUUGAGCCUUUCCCUCGAACCUCCCCUCCGCUUUCCCCUCCCUCUGUUGGUCACCCCGUCGGGCUGGACCUCCCCUGACGUCUUACUCUCUGGCCAGGAGGGCCGACAAAGCCCCACACACACCUGCGCCCCCUGCCUCCACACAGGAGGCUCUCCCACACCCUUCACUGCGGGGACACCGCCAGGAGCCCAGACAACCACACACAGAGCUUGUUACUCUGGCCCCGUGUGCCACCAGCAGGGUCUGAAACCAGAGCUCCUUCUCUCCACCUGCCCUUUCCCCUGCAGGGGACGUCGCGGGGCCAGGGGGGCCUUAGCCCCUCCCCUUACUUCCGGUCCAGAACGUGCCUUUUUCACUUGUGCGGAUACGUGCCUAUUAAGUGGCUCCUCGAGAGAAUACCGAUGUUGGACGGCGUGUGGGCGGGCUGGCCUUCCCCUCAUCUCCAGGCUCAUUCAGACGGAAAGAGGCCCAUGUCCAGCUGCUCUGUUUGCUCUGCAUCCUCUGCCCACUGUACGUGAAAUUGAUCUUGGGGGGGGGGCGGUGUUUUUCUUCUUUUUCCUCCAAUCUCCCUUAUCACUGCCGGAUGUCAGGCCGCACUCUGCCAUCAGGCCUGGCCAUGUUCGACUCUCCAUUAAUUGAUUUUGCCCUCCCCGCUUGGGAAGCGCAAAUUGGCUCAGCCCAUUAGCAGCAGUCAUUCCCUGAAAGGGAUUAUAAAUCAUGCCCUACGGCCGCCCGCUGCUCACGGCGGAGUGGUGCCCACGUGGGGAGGUGUCGGGCGCGGAGGUGCAACGUCUGAUGAGCAGCAGAGGUCCCUGCAGGCCUAAGGGUUCCCUCCUAAACCUACCCAAGCCAGGCCACAGCCAGGCAGGGGAGUAGCCAAAGCAGGUGGCAGCACACAGAGGGCAGCGACUAGCGUGUACUGAACGAGUGAAGGGAGGGAGGGGCGGGGGCUCGCUCUGGGGCGCGGAGGGCUCUGAGGACCUCUCGAGCUGACCUCCCAUCAAGUCCACCGUUAUGGCUCCGUUCUUUAGCUCUGUGGCCCCCUUAAGCCAGAAGAGCUCCUGGGAAAGACUGUCUUAAACUCCAGUCAGGUAAUGCCCUGCCGGAAGGGAAGCAGCAGCGGCAGGGGACAGGUGGGAGGAGGCCCUCGACAGGGGGUCCAUAAAGGAGUGGAGGGCUUGGCCCACAGUCACCCUGGCACCCCUUCCUGCCCAGGCCCUCAGGGAGGGAGGGCUCCACGCCGGCUGUGCCAGCCCCCCUCCCCUACCUGUCUCAGACAGCCCUCCCCCGCUGCGCUCGCCCCUCUCUCCCUUCCUUUCCUUCCACCUGAGAACAGCCACCACCUACCUGCGGACCAUGUCCAGACCCAGCGAGGAUACUCGGGCUAAAGAGGUUGCUAAGACGUAGAGAAUGGACGUGAGGACACGGGGAGGGGGAAGGGUAAGCUGGGACGAAUUGAGAGAGUGGCAUGGACAUAUAUACACUACCAAACGUAAAAUAGACAGCUAGUGGGAAGCAGCCACAUAGCACAGGGAGAUCAGCUCGGUGCUUUGUGACCACCUAGAGGCGUGGGAUAGGGAGGGUGGGAGGGAGACGCAAGAGGGAGGGGACAUGGGGAUAUAUGUAUAUGUAUAGCUGAUUCACUUUGUUAUACAGCAGAAACUAACACAACAUUGUAAAGCAAUUAUACUCCAAUAAAGAUG